AAAAUGCAAAUGGCUGCCGUAUGAAGUUUUGCGUUUUGUAAUAAAUUCAACGAGUUAUUCUCUUUAAAUAUACCAAUGUAUUUCAACAAUUGUAUUAGUUUUAUAAUAAAGUAGAAGAAAAGAGGCUGAAGAAGCCGCAGCCAUGUCGCUGCCGCCGUAUCUCUUGGGGCCCAACCCCUGGGCCACCAUGAUGGCGCAGCAACAGUUGGCGGCGGCCCAGCAGGCGGCUAUGCAGGCACAUGCAGCCGCUUCUGCCGCGGCGCCUCCCAUCCCGCCAGUUCAGCCUCCCAAACCACAUCAUAUUUCAGAGGAGAAGAUCAAGGAUAAAGCUCAAAAAUGGCUUCAACUGCAGUCGAAGCGAUAUGCCGAAAAGCGAAAAUUCGGUUUUGUCGACGCUCAGAAGGAAGACAUGCCGCCCGAACAUAUCCGCAAAAUCAUCCGCGACCACGGCGAUAUGACCAGCCGCAAAUACCGACAUGACAAACGUGUAUACCUUGGAGCCUUAAAAUACAUGCCACAUGCUGUUAUGAAGCUUUUGGAAAACAUGCCUAUGCCUUGGGAGCAGAUUAGGGAUGUUAGAGUCCUGUACCAUAUAACUGGUGCUAUAACAUUUGUCAAUGAAAUCCCUUGGGUCAUCGAACCAGUAUACAUAGCUCAAUGGGGUACGAUGUGGAUUAUGAUGAGGAGGGAAAAACGUGACCGACGUCACUUCAAACGUAUGCGAUUUCCUCCAUUCGAUGAUGAGGAACCUCCACUGGACUAUGCUGAUAACAUCCUUGACGUUGAGCCUCUAGAACCUAUACAGAUUGAAUUGGAUCCCGAGGAAGAUGGGGCUGUUGCAUCAUGGUUCUAUGACCAUAAACCUCUGUUGGACACAAGACACGUAAAUGGAUCUACAUACAGAAAAUGGAACUUAUCGUUACCACAAAUGGCAACUUUAUAUAGACUUGCAAAUCAACUGCUUACUGAUCUGGUAGAUGAUAACUAUUUCUACUUGUUUGAUUCAAAGAGUUUUUUCACUGCCAAGGCUUUGAAUAUGGCUAUACCUGGUGGUCCAAAGUUUGAGCCACUUGUAAAGGAUAACUCAGCUGGUGAUGAAGAUUGGAAUGAGUUUAACGACAUCAAUAAGAUCAUUAUACGACAGCCUAUCAGGACGGAGUACCGAAUUGCUUUCCCAUACCUGUACAAUAACCUGCCGCAUUUUGUUCAAUUGUCCUGGUAUCACACCCCUAAUGUGGUGUACAUCAAAACUGAAGACCCCGAUUUACCAGCGUUCUACUUCGACCCUCUUAUAAAUCCAAUAUCCCAUAGACACACAGUGAAAUCUCUAGACCCAGUUCCAGAGGAGGAAGAUUUCCUACUUCCGGAAGAAGUGUCGCCUUUCCUGCAAGAGACUGCUUUGUACACGGACAAUACUGCCAAUGGUAUUGCACUGUUGUGGGCCCCGAGACCAUUUAACAUGAGAUCAGGUCGUACACGCCGUGCUAUCGAUGUUCCCUUAGUGAAGACGUGGUACAAAGAGCACUGCCCGCCCGGCCAGCCUGUUAAAGUUCGGGUAUCGUAUCAGAAACUGCUCAAAUAUUACGUCCUCAACGCACUGAAGCAUAGAGCACCGAAGCCGCAAAAGAAAAGGUACCUCUUCCGUUCUUUCAAAUCGACGAAGUUUUUCCAAACCACAACCCUCGAUUGGGUUGAAGCUGGUUUACAAGUGUGCAGGCAAGGAUAUAACAUGCUUAACCUGCUCAUUCAUAGAAAGAAUCUAAACUAUCUGCAUUUGGAUUAUAACUUCAACUUGAAACCAGUAAAGACCCUGACUACUAAGGAGAGAAAGAAGUCGCGGUUUGGUAAUGCAUUCCACUUGUGCCGUGAAAUUCUUCGGCUGACUAAACUUAUAGUUGACUCGCAUGUCCAGUACCGAUUGAACAACGUGGACUCCUUCCAAUUGGCUGAUGGUUUGCAGUACAUCUUCGCUCACGUAGGCCAGCUGACUGGAAUGUACCGUUAUAAGUACAAGCUCAUGCGACAGAUCCGAAUGUGCAAGGACUUGAAGCAUCUGAUUUAUUAUCGGUUUAAUACGGGACCUGUCUCUAAAGGCCCCGGUUGCGGUUUCUGGGCCCCAGGAUGGCGUGUGUGGCUUUUCUUUAUGCGCGGUAUCACACCCCUACUUGAGAGAUGGCUCGGAAACUUACUGUCCAGGCAGUUUGAGGGACGACAUUCCAAAGGUGUUGCUAAAACGGUAACCAAACAGCGCGUCGAAUCUCACUUCGACCUUGAGUUGCGAGCGUCCGUAAUGCACGACAUAGUCGAUAUGAUGCCGGAAGGUAUCAAGCAGAACAAAGCGAGAACCAUCCUGCAACAUCUGUCCGAAGCUUGGCGCUGCUGGAAAGCGAAUAUACCUUGGAAGGUACCAGGCUUACCCACACCGAUAGAGAAUAUGAUUCUCCGGUACGUGAAAAUGAAGGCGGACUGGUGGACUAACACUGCUCACUACAACAGAGAGAGAAUCCGCCGCGGCGCCACAGUCGAUAAGACCGUGUGCAAGAAGAAUCUGGGUCGAUUGACUAGGCUUUACUUAAAAGCGGAACAGGAAAGACAGCAUAACUAUCUUAAGGACGGUCCGUACAUCUCUCCCGAGGAAGCCGUGGCUAUCUACACAACAACCGUCCACUGGCUUGAAUCGCGUCGCUUCGCGCCCAUACCGUUCCCUCCACUCUCAUACAAGCACGACACUAAACUGCUCAUCCUGGCCUUGGAGCGAUUGAAGGAGGCCUAUAGUGUCAAGUCCAGGCUUAACCAGAGCCAGAGAGAAGAGUUGGGUCUCAUUGAACAGGCCUAUGACAAUCCUCACGAGGCCUUGUCGAGGAUUAAACGUCAUCUGCUGACCCAGAGAACUUUCCGAGAGGUAGGCAUAGAAUUCAUGGAUUUGUACUCCCAUCUGGUGCCGGUCUACGACGUUGAACCCUUGGAGAAAAUAACUGACGCUUACCUUGAUCAGUACUUGUGGUAUGAAGCGGAUAAACGGCGUUUACUUCCACCGUGGGUGAAGCCUGCAGAUACUGAGCCAUCUCCAUUGCUGGUGUACAAGUGGUGCCAGGGAAUCAACAACUUGCAAGAUGUAUGGGAGGUCGGUGAAGGCGAAUGCAACGUGCUCCUAGAGUCUCGCUUCGAGAAGUUGUACGAAAAGAUCGACUUGACGCUCCUCAAUCGACUUUUGCGUUUGAUCGUCGAUCACAAUAUCGCUGACUAUAUGACUGCGAAGAACAACGUCGUUAUCAAUUAUAAGGAUAUGAACCAUACGAACUCCUAUGGAAUAAUACGCGGUCUCCAGUUCGCGUCAUUCAUAGUUCAAUACUACGGCCUCGUUUUGGAUCUGUUGGUGUUGGGUCUACAAAGAGCGAGCGAGAUGGCAGGUCCACCACAGUUGCCAAACGAUUUCCUCUCGUAUCAAGACAGGGCGGCCGAAGGCGCUCACCCAAUACGACUUUACUGCAGAUAUGUGGACAGGAUACACAUUUUUUUCAGGUUUUCAGCAGAAGAAGCGAGAGAUCUUAUCCAGAGAUAUCUAACAGAACAUCCUGAUCCGAACAACGAGAAUAUAGUCGGCUAUAACAACAAGAAGUGUUGGCCGAGGGACGCUAGAAUGCGACUCAUGAAGCAUGAUGUCAAUUUAGGCCGUGCAGUUUUCUGGGAUAUCAAAAACCGACUGCCGCGCUCUGUAACCACAAUUCAGUGGGAGAACAGCUUUGUGUCAGUUUACUCCAAGGACAAUCCUAACCUUCUGUUCAACAUGGCGGGAUUCGAAUGCAGAAUAUUGCCUAAAUGCCGGAGUCAACACGAAGAGCUAUCCCACCGCGACGGUGUAUGGAAUCUUCAAAACGAAGUGACAAAAGAAAGAACUGCACAGUGCUAUCUAAGAGUCGACGAUGAAUCUCUAGCUAGGUUCCACAACAGAGUGCGACAGAUUCUGAUGGCAUCCGGUUCUACAACCUUCACUAAGAUUGUUAACAAGUGGAACACUGCCCUUAUUGGACUAAUGACAUACUUCCGUGAGGCUGUAGUCAAUACGCAGGAGUUAUUAGACCUGCUUGUGAAGUGCGAGAAUAAAAUCCAGACGCGUAUCAAGAUCGGUCUCAACUCAAAAAUGCCCUCGCGAUUCCCGCCCGUCGUGUUUUACACCCCGAAAGAGUUGGGCGGACUCGGCAUGCUGUCCAUGGGACAUGUUUUAAUUCCACAAUCCGAUCUACGCUGGUCAAAACAAACGGAUGUCGGCAUCACCCACUUCCGCUCGGGUAUGUCCCACGAUGAAGAUCAGCUGAUUCCCAACUUGUACCGCUACAUCCAACCGUGGGAAGCCGAAUUCGUGGACUCGCAAAGAGUGUGGGCGGAGUAUGCGCUCAAGAGACAAGAGGCCAAUGCUCAGAAUAGGCGCCUGACUCUAGAAGAUCUCGAAGAUUCUUGGGACAGGGGAAUACCGAGGAUUAACACGCUGUUCCAGAAAGAUAGGCAUACGCUCGCCUACGACAAGGGAUGGCGCAUACGUACAGAGUUCAAGCAAUACCAGGUAUUAAAGCAGAACCCCUUCUGGUGGACGCAUCAAAGACACGACGGCAAGCUAUGGAACUUGAAUAACUACCGCACAGACAUGAUUCAGGCGCUCGGCGGCGUAGAGGGAAUCCUAGAACACACGCUGUUCAAGGGAACCUACUUCCCCACCUGGGAGGGGCUCUUCUGGGAAAAGGCGUCCGGUUUCGAAGAAUCGAUGAAAUACAAAAAACUUACAAACGCGCAACGAUCUGGUCUUAACCAGAUUCCCAACCGUCGGUUCACGCUCUGGUGGUCACCGACCAUCAACCGUGCCAACGUCUACGUGGGCUUCCAGGUACAAUUGGACUUGACUGGUAUAUUCAUGCACGGCAAAAUACCUACGCUCAAGAUCUCGCUCAUCCAGAUCUUCAGGGCUCACUUGUGGCAGAAGGUCCACGAGUCCAUUGUUAUGGACUUGUGUCAGGUAUUCGAUCAAGAACUCGACGCCCUUGAAAUCGAGACCGUCCAAAAGGAAACCAUUCAUCCACGUAAAUCUUACAAAAUGAACUCCUCCUGUGCCGACAUACUUCUGUUCUCCGCAUAUAAAUGGAACGUGUCCCGACCAUCCUUACUGGCUGAUACGAAGGAUACAAUGGACAACACAACAACGCAGAAGUACUGGCUCGACAUCCAACUCCGAUGGGGCGACUACGAUUCCCACGAUGUAGAGAGAUACGCGCGAGCGAAGUUCCUGGAUUACACCACGGAUAACAUGUCCAUAUAUCCGUCGCCAACCGGCCUGCUUAUUGCUAUCGAUCUGGCCUAUAACUUGCACAGUGCAUAUGGCAACUGGUUCCCCGGAUGCAAGCCACUCAUACAGCAAGCGAUGGCGAAGAUAAUGAAGGCCAACCCGGCUUUGUACGUGUUGCGUGAGCGCAUACGCAAAGCCCUGCAACUGUACUCUUCGGAGCCGACUGAACCGUAUCUGUCCAGUCAGAACUACGGUGAACUGUUCUCCAACCAGAUCAUUUGGUUCGUUGACGAUACAAACGUAUAUCGUGUGACAAUCCACAAAACGUUUGAAGGCAACUUGACGACGAAGCCCAUAAACGGCGCCAUCUUCAUCUUCAACCCGCGCACUGGACAACUCUUCCUCAAGAUCAUCCACACCAGUGUAUGGGCAGGUCAAAAGCGUCUCGGACAGCUCGCUAAGUGGAAGACUGCUGAAGAAGUAGCUGCUCUUAUUCGUUCUCUGCCAGUUGAAGAACAGCCCAAACAAAUUAUCGUCACGAGAAAAGGAAUGUUGGAUCCUCUUGAGGUCCACUUGCUAGACUUCCCGAAUAUUGUGAUCAAAGGAUCGGAGUUGCAGCUGCCAUUCCAAGCGUGUCUCAAAGUGGAGAAAUUCGGUGAUCUCAUCCUGAAGGCAACUGAACCGCAGAUGGUGUUGUUCAACUUGUAUGACGACUGGCUGAAGACCAUCUCUUCUUAUACCGCAUUCAGCAGACUUAUCCUGAUUCUCCGAGCGCUUCACGUGAACACAGAAAGGACCAAAGUCCUUCUGAAACCCGACAAGACGACACUGACUGAACCUCAUCACAUCUGGCCUACGCUGACGGACGAUGAUUGGAUCAAGGUUGAAGUGCAGCUUAAGGAUCUCAUUCUUGCUGAUUAUGGAAAGAAAAACAACGUUAAUGUGGCAUCUCUAACGCAAUCCGAGAUCCGUGACAUUAUCCUCGGAAUGGAGAUAUCAGCACCAUCCGCCCAGCGGCAGCAGAUAGCGGAAAUUGAAAAGCAGAGCAAGGAGCAGAGUCAACUCACAGCGACCACUACUCGCACGGUUAACAAGCACGGUGACGAGAUCAUCACAUCCACCACCAGCAACUACGAGUCGCAGACCUUCAGCUCUAAAACAGAAUGGCGCGUCCGUGCAAUAUCAGCGACAAACCUGCAUUUGCGGACCAACCACAUUUACGUCAGUUCCGAUGACAUCAAGGAGAGUGGCUACACGUACAUUCUACCAAAGAACUUGCUCAAGAAGUUUGUCACUAUAUCUGAUUUGAGGGCACAGAUCGCAUGCUACUUAUACGGCACGUCACCGCCGGAUAACCCGCAAGUGCGCGAAGUCCAUUGCGCAGUGCUGCCACCUCAGUGGGGCACGCAUCAAACAGUGCAUUUACCGCGUCAGUUGCCAAAGCACCCCGCGCUGGCUCACCUGCAACCCCUGGGCUGGAUGCACACACAACCCAAUGAGUUGCCUCAGCUCUCGCCUCAGGACAUAACAACACACGCCAAGGUUAUGGCGGAAAAUCCAACAUGGGAUGGCGAGAAGACAAUCAUCAUAACGUGUUCAUUCACCCCCGGCUCUUGUUCACUGACGGCGUACAAACUCACGCCCAGCGGUUACGAAUGGGGUGCAAAGAAUACAGAUAGAGGCAACAAUCCUAAAGGCUACCUCCCCAGCCACUAUGAGAGGGUGCAGAUGUUGCUGUCUGACCGUUUCUUGGGUUACUUCAUGGUGCCUUCGCAGGGCAGUUGGAAUUAUAACUUUAUGGGUGUCCGCCACGAUCCAAACAUGAAGUAUGGUGUGCAGCUUGGUAACCCGCGCGAAUUCUAUCACGAAGUGCAUCGACCAGCCCACUUCAUGAACUUCGCAGCGAUGGAAGAUGCCACGGCUCCCAUUCUGGCGGCUGACAGAGAGGACCACUUCGCUUAGAAUUAAUAAACCUUAUUUUUAAUAUGUGUUAAGUGAAGCUAAUUCUACCAGUUUUUGUAUUUUUUGAGUAAGGGAAAAUCAUUUUGUUUUAGCAAUUGAAUUCUAUGUAUGAAACAAGUAUGAAAACUGUAAAUAAAUAAGAAUACAAUUUAUAA